GGUGUGGACACUAUGACUCUUUUAGAGCUUUCCUCGCAGCCCUGCUUGGGCCUGAGGACAGAAAAGGGCCGGGUACACAGCUCCUGAAAUCUAGGACCGAUACUUGGCAGGCCGGAGGAGCAGCGCCAGUAAAUGUUGGGCUCCAAGCUCUACGGAGCCGCGGCGGGGGGCGAGAGCCCUGGCGGAAGAGCAGUGGAAGAUCGUUUCUUCUGGGACCAAGAUGACUGAUGGAAACCUUUCCACCUCUGUGAAUGGUGUAGCAUUGAUGGGCAUUCUAGAUGGUCAGCCAGGAGACUCCCUUCAGGACCUACAACACCUUAGUAUCAAUGUGGCGCCCAGAUCCCUUUCAGUGCCUGACUAUGGACCUACACUAAAACUUGGUGCUUUGGAAGAUCGACACAGCCUUCAGUCAGUGGACUCAGGCAUUCCUACCCUGGAGAUUGGCAACCCAGAGCCUGUUCCCUGUAGUGUGGUCCAUGUGAAGAGAAAGCAGUCUGAGUCAGAGAUCAUCCCGGAGCGGGCCUUCCAGAGUGCGUGCCCCUUGAUAUCCAGUACAACCUCAGCUCCCACCUGCAGCGAGCGGGAGCAGGUUGUGCGGAAGUCUUCCACGUUUCCUAGGACAGGCUAUGACUCAGUGAAACUCUACAGCCCCACCUCCAAAGCCUUGAGCCGAAGUGACAAUGUCUCUGUUUGCAGCGUGUCUAGUCUUGGCACAGAGCUGUCAACUACGUUGUCGGUCAGCAAUGAGGACAUCUUGGACCUCAUGGUCACGAGCAGUUCCAGCGCCAUUGUGACCCUGGAGAAUGAUGAUGACCCACAGUUCACUGACGUCACCCUGAGCUCCAUCAAGGAGACUAGUGACUUACACCAGGAGGAUUGUGCUGCUGAGACUGAGGAGGGGAGGAAAUUGAAACUGUUGCAACCACUCAGUCACUUCUUUACAAGGAAUUUGCUUGCUAGAAAACAAAAUGCAAGACUUGAUAGACAGAGAGACUUGGGAUGGAAGCUGUUUGGAAAAGUCCCACUCCGAGAGACUGCUCAGAAAGAUUCAAAGAAAACACAAAAGGAAUAUGAAGACAAGACUGGAAGACCGAGCAGGCCACCCUCUCCAAAGCAGAAUGUGAGGAAGAACCUGGAUUUUGAGCCACGGUCCACCACAGGGCUCAUCCUUGAGGACAGACCCGCAAAUCUCCCAGCCAAGCCUGCUGAAGAAGCUCAAAAGCAUAGACAGCAGUAUGAAGAGAUGGUGGUGCAGGCCAAGAAACGAGAUCUUAAAGAAGCCCAGCGGCGGAAGAAGCAGCUGGAGGAAAGGUGCAAGGUUGAAGAGAGCAUUGGAAAUGCCGUCCUCACCUGGAACAAUGAGAUCUUGCCUAACUGGGAAACCAUGUGGUGCUCUAAGAAGGUUCGAGACUUGUGGUGGCAGGGAAUCCCUCCAAGUGUAAGAGGCAAAGUUUGGAGCUUGGCCAUUGGCAACGAGUUGAACAUCACUCACGAGCUCUUUGACAUCUGUCUUGCUCGGGCCAAGGAGCGGUGGCGGUCCCUCAGCACUGGAGGCUCAGAAGUGGAGAAUGAAGAUGCUGGGUUUUCAGCAGCAGACAGAGAGGCCAGUCUGGAGCUUAUUAAACUGGACAUUUCUCGAACAUUUCCUAAUCUCUGCAUUUUCCAGCAAGGUGGUCCAUAUCAUGACAUGUUGCACAGUAUUUUGGGCGCUUAUACUUGUUACCGGCCGGAUGUGGGUUAUGUUCAGGGCAUGUCCUUUAUAGCUGCAGUGUUGAUCCUGAACCUCGAUACUGCAGAUGCCUUUAUUGCUUUUUCUAAUCUUUUGAAUAAACCUUGUCAAAUGGCAUUUUUCCGAGUGGACCAUGGGCUUAUGUUGACUUACUUUGCUGCAUUUGAGGUAUUCUUUGAAGAAAACUUGCCGAAAUUGUUUGCGCAUUUCAAGAAAAACAACUUAACUGCAGACAUCUACCUAAUCGAUUGGAUUUUCACCUUAUACAGUAAGUCCUUGCCCUUGGACUUGGCCUGCCGCAUCUGGGAUGUAUUCUGUCGAGAUGGAGAGGAAUUUCUCUUCCGCACAGCUCUGGGUAUCCUGAAGCUUUUUGAGGACAUCCUGACCAGGAUGGACUUCAUCCACAGUGCUCAGUUUCUGACCAGGCUGCCUGAGGACCUGCCAGCAGAUGAAGUGUUUGCAGCUAUCUCCACAGUCCAGAUGCAAAGCCGGAACAAGAAAUGGGCACAGGUGCUGUCUGCACUGCAGAAAGACAGCCGGGAAAUGGAGAAAGGAAGCCCAUCAUCCCUCAGACACUGAGGCUCAGGGGGAACUCCCACCUGCUGUUAAGCAGGGCUCAACGUGGCACCUGUGUGCUUUCAGACUGAAGCCUGGCAAGAACAGGGGCUCUUUCCAUGUUGGAUUUCCAAUGCUGGAGUUGGCCUUACAACAAAACAGAAUUACAUCCAGGUUUAGCCUUAAGCAGCUCAGUAGACCCAUGCACUGGCAUUGGUCAUGGCUAGCCACUGCAUUCUCUUUUUCUCUUUUCUUCUUUCCUUCUUUCUUUUUUCUUUCUUUCUUUCCUCCUAUUUCUUUUUUCUUUCUUCCUUUUUUUCUUUUCUUUUCUUUCUUUCUUUCUUCCUUUUUUUCCAGAGACGAAAGGUGUGUUUUAAAUCUCCUACGAAGGACAGGGUAAGGAAGAAGGCCUUGUAGGGUAGUUACUGGGGAAUGCUCAUAGGCUCCUGAAAAUGCACCUGACUUUUGUGCUGACAUUGACCUGAUUGCCUUGACACAUAAUACUGAGAAGGUUGAGAGUUCAUAUUAGGACUCUAUUCUGAAAAGUAGCACCCAUUGCAUCUUGGGAGCCACAGUGGUUGAAUCAAGGAAGCCCCAUAAAGAGAUAGGAAGGAUGAGA